AUGUCUACCGCAGCAAAAGCUCUAGAACCUGCUUUUCAGGGAGCGGGUCAGAAAGUAGGGACAGAGAUUUGGAGAAUUGAGAACUUCCAACCUGUUCCUUUGCCAAAAUCUGACUAUGGUAAAUUCUACUCUGGAGAUUCUUAUAUUAUUCUUCAGACUAGUCCUGGCAAGGGAGGUGCUUAUCUUUUUGACAUUCACUUCUGGCUUGGAAAGGAUACUAGCCAGGAUGAAGCUGGAACUGCUGCUAUCAAAACUGUUGAACUUGAUGCGAUUCUUGGUGGCCGUGCUGUGCAAUAUAGAGAAUUACAAGGGCACGAGUCUGACAAAUUUUUGUCAUAUUUUAAACCAUGUAUCAUACCUCUCGAAGGUGGUGUUGCAUCUGGAUUUAAGAAACCUGAAGAAGAAGAGUUCGAGACGCGGUUAUAUAUUUGUAGAGGAAAACGGAAUGUUAGAUUGAAGCAGGUCCCAUUUAUUCGGUCCUCUCUGAAUCAUGACGAUGUUUUUAUUCUCGACACUAAAGAAAAGAUAUAUCAGUUCAAUGGUGCAAACUCCAAUAUCCAGGAGAGGGCAAAGGCUUUAGAAGUAAUUCAAUAUUUGAAGGAGAAGUAUCAUGAAGGAAAGUGUAAUGUUGCCAUUGUUGACGAUGGGAAAUUACAAGCCGAGACAGAUUCUGGUGAAUUUUGGGUUCUCUUUGGUGGAUUUGCCCCAAUCGGUAAGAAGGUUGCUACUGAAGAUGAUAUCAUUCCGGAGAAAACCCCUGCCCAGCUCUACAGCAUUAUUGAUGUUCAAGUCAAAACUGUAGAUAGCGAACUUUCCAAGUCACUUCUCGAAAACAACAAAUGCUAUUUAUUGGAUUGUGGUGCCGAAGUAUUUGUUUGGGUUGGCCGGGUAACUCAAGUCGAGGAGAGGAAAAGUGCCGUUCAAGCAGCAGAGGAUUUUGUGGCUAGCCAAGGUAGACCAAAAGCAACACGUAUAACUCGAAUUAUUCAAGGUUACGAAACGCAUUCGUUCAAGUCCAACUUCGAUUCUUGGCCAUUAGGAUCAGCUCCUGUUGCCGAAGAGGGAAGGGGAAAAGUGGCUGCUCUACUGAAGCAGCAAGGUGGUGUUAUGAAGGGAGCAAGUAAAAGUGCUCCAGUACAUGAAGAUGUUCCUCCUUUGCUUGAAGGAGGUGGAAAAACAGAGGUUUGGCGCAUAGAUGGUAGUGCUAAGACCCCAGUGUCUAGUGAAGAUAUCGGUAAAUUUUACAGUGGGGAUUGCUAUAUUGUGCUCUACACUUAUCAUUCUCACGAAAGAAAAGAAGAUUACUAUUUGUGUUAUUGGAUUGGUAAAGACAGCAUUGAGGAGGACAAAAAUACUGCUGCUAAAUUGUCGGCUACAAUGUAUAACUCACUGAAGGGGAAGCCAGUACUGGGUCGUGUGUUUCAAGGCAAAGAGCCCCCACAGUUUGUUGCAAUUUUUCAGCCUAUGGUUGUCCUUAAGGGUGGACUGAGCUCUGGUUACAAGAAUUAUAUAGCAGAUAAAGGUUUAAAUGACGAGACUUACGCUGCCGAUAGUGUUGCACUUAUCCGAAUAUCAGGAACUUCACUGCAUAACAACAAAGCUGUUCAAGUAGAAGCUGUGGCAACAUCAUUGAAUACAUAUGAAUGUUUUCUGCUGCAAUCUGGAUCUUCAGUGUUCAGUUGGCAUGGUAAUCAAGGCUCGUUUGAACAGCAACAGUUAGCAACAAAAGUUGCCGAAUUUCUAAAGCCUGGGUCCACUGUCAAACACACUAAAGAAGGAACUGAGAGCUCGUCUUUCUGGUUUGCACUCGGAGGAAAACUAAGUUACACCAGUAAGAAAGUUUCUUCCGAGGUUGUCCGAGAUCCCCACUUGUUUGCAGUUUCCUUUAAUAAAGGUGGCACUUGCUUUUCCAUUUUUUUUUUUUUGGUAGUGGAAGAAGUGUACAAUUUCUCUCAAGAUGACCUCUUGACAGAGGAUAUAUUGAUACUCGACACACAUGCCGAAGUGUUUAUUUGGGUCGGCCAAUCAGUGGACUCCAAAGAAAAGCAAAAUGCGUUUGAAAUCGGGCAGAAAUACAUUAGGAUGGCUGCUUCACUUGAAGGGUUACCGCCAAAUAUCCCGUUAUACAAAGUCACGGAAGGAAACGAACCGUGCUUUUUCACCUCAUAUUUUUCAUGGGAUCAUGCUAAAGCUAAUGCACAUGGGAACUCUUUCCAGAAAAAGGUCAUGCUACUCUUUGGUGCUGGUCAUUCUGUAGAGGAGAGAUCCAAUGGCUCUAAUCAAGGGGGACCCACUCAAAGGGCUUCGGCUUUGGCUGCAUUAAACUCGGCAUUCAGUUCAUCACCUUCCCCGAAAGCUGGCUCGGGCCCGCGCUCGGGUGGGAAAACCGGGGCUUCACAGAGAGCAGCUGCAGUGGCUGCGCUGUCUUCUGUUUUGACUGCCGAAAAGAAGGGUUCGCCAGACGUGUCUCCAGCACGGUCCAGGCGGGCCCCACCUCUAGAAGCAGGCUCUCCUGCUUCUGCGAAAAGUGAGGAUUCUUUCGAUAUCGAGGAAAACAAAGAAGUCUCGAAAGUAGUUGAGCCUGCACCAGAGACUAAUGGGGAGGAUGAAGAGGCUAACCGGGAUGAAUAUGCCUCUGAAGAUACUCAGAGUACGUUUAGUUACGAGCAGUUGAAGUCCAAAUCUGAAAAUCCUGUUACGGGUAUCGAUUUUAAGCGCAGAGAGGCGUACCUUUCGGACGAGGAGUUCAAGUCUGUGCUGGGAAUGACUAAAGAAGCAUUCUACAAGCUGCCAAAGUGGAAGCAAGACAUGCUUAAAAGGAAAGUCGAUCUCUUCUAG